AGAACCCUCCAUAUAGGAUUGUAUUAUUCUCUGACGUUUUCGGUAGUGUUUCCUUUCGCACAAUCCCAAAACACAGUCGGUCGGAAUCAAACAAUUUACCGUUGGCAGUUGUAAUAUUUCAGCAAUAAAAAUGGGUGAAGCAGUUGCACAAAUAUUCAACGCUUUUCAGGAUCACUUGAACAAUGAACAGGAAUUACGCGAGGAAAUUCGAGUUAUCGUAAAGGAAAUCGAGAAGAGCGGUAGAGACAUUCUGAUGAUACUACAGAAUAUACACAACGAGAAUGCUAUGGAGGAAAAUAUAAUAAUUUCACAGUAUUGCGUCAAAGCCCGUGAGAUUUUUGAGGACGUUCGCAAACAGUAUGCCCAACUGGCUGAAGUAGUGCCCAAAGACCAAUACUAUCGUUUUCACGAUCAAUGGCGUUUCGUGACCCAAAGACUGUGUUUUCUGGCUUCAUUGGUUGUUUAUCUGGAAGUCAAAGUCCUUGUCACCAAAGAAACUGUUGCUGAAAUUUUGGGCGUGAAAAACAACCGAGAGGAUGGCUUUCAUUUGGAUCUGGAAGAAUUCCUCAUGGGAUUGCUUCAGUUAUCCGCAGAAUUGAGUCGCUUCGCUGUGAACAGUGUCACUUGCGGAGACUACAAUCGACCGAUAGAAAUUGCUCGAUUCGUUAACGAGCUUAACGCUGGAUUUCGUCUGUUGAAUCUGAAAAAUGACCAUUUCCGCAAACGCUUCGAUGCUCUCAAGUACGAUGUGAAAAAGAUAGAGGAAGUCGUUUACGAUCUCAGCAUACGUGGUCUCAAACCGACCACCCAACCAGCACCCCCGGCUGCUGAAUAAACAACGAAAAACCUGACCUUAUGCCCACAAACCCAGUAUGAUUAAUUUUGUUAAAUUUUCAUUAUUAUAACUAACAUUAUGACGCUCAAUACUUAAGUAUUUGUAAUAACUUGAUAAUUUAAAACACUAUUGACAUUCCAUUGA